AUGAACGAAAAGAGAUGUUCCCUUGACGGCUUUCGCACUCUCCCCAGAGUUGACCGGACGUGCACCGGGGCGGAGCGAGAACAAGGACAUGGAUCGUUCGAAGAAGAGAGUCGCUCCGGACGAUGGAUGUUGAUUCAUCCUCCUCAUCGCCGUCAGAACGGUUAUCCGUUGUGUGCUCAGCGUCAGCCGAGUACAGCUCUAACUCGUCUGAAUACUCACCAAACUCUAGAAGAAAAUUUCAGAAAUUCAAUGAAUGAAAGCGUUGUAAAAGAUGAACAGUAUUGGGAGAGGAGGCGGAAGAAUAAUGAUGCCUCGAAGAGAUCACGGGAAAAGCGGAGAAUCAGCGAUAUGGCGAUGGAACAACGCAUUCUGGCGCUCUCACAGGAGAAUCAUCUACUGAAGUCUCGCUUGGAAUCUCGUACAGCCGCCGAGAGCCUACUGCAAACGGCUCGUCCCGACUUUGCGUCACUACCAUCGCAGAGUAACACGACGUUGUUCACCCAUCAACUGCCAGCGUCUUCUGUCGGAUUGCAGUCGUUAGCUGCCCCUCCGCUGUCGUCGCUGCAUUCGUCGGUUCCUAGUCUAUCACUAUCACAGGUCCCCCUACUCUCUAGUACAUCGCAGAUUCCAAUUAUGCAACUCUGUCAACUGCAAGCUGCCCUUCAACAACAGUAUCGUGCCACUCCGUCACCGUCUUUGUUUUCGAUUGGGUCGGCUUUUCAGCCGUUUCAAGCUCACAAGGAGUCAGUGAUCAUGAAAGCGGAACGAAUCAGCCCGGAUUCGAGCAGUGAUCGAGUAGAACGAGUUAUACAACGAGUUCCCUCUCCCCAACAUCAGGAAAGAGCUCCGUCACAGUCACUUCUUGGAGCAUUGUUGGCUUCUCGUAGAACGUCACCGGCAGUGCCUCAAAGCCGAACCGAGCACCACAGUCGGCUUGGUAGCCCUCCACGGCUAUCACCAUCGAAAUCUGACUGUGAAUCGAUCUCCUCCUCAGCGUCACUCUCUCCUUCGCAUUCGAGCGAAGAUCAUCCAGAAUCGUCGGCGAUUAGAAGAGCUUUAGAUGGGAACAGUUCCGGCGACAAAAAGGAACAGUACAUGGAUCGUCGUCGUCGAAACAAUGAGGCAGCAAAACGAUGUCGAGCAAAUCGUCGAGCUGUUUUCGAGUAUAGAAGUCGUCGAGUGCAGUUGUUGGAAACGGAAAACGAUCAACUGAAGGAGGAGAUCGCCAAGUUGAAACGAGAAGUCGAUCAGUUCAAAUCGCUUCUGACCGCACAAAAUAUUAUGGACACCACUCAAUAA